AUGAAGAACAGUUAUAGCAUAUCGAUAUUCUUCAUAUGUUUGUUCUUGCUGGUCUACGUCUCUGUAGAAUCAAAAUCUCUCGACCCUUAUAAGGUAAUUUCCUAUCUUUCUACCAAUUCCUCCUGUGUUCAAUUGGGCCUAGGUUUUUCUCCUUCAGAUUGAUGCAUCAAAUAUAUAUUUGUCGUUUUCUUAUACAAAGCGGCAUGAUCUUGUUCUGAUUAGUAGCAUGAAAGCGUGAUUUUCGAGAGGGUUAUUUGUGUUUUGGGUUCUAAGUUGUAUUUUGUAAGAACAUUGAUUCUGAAGUGUAGUUUCUGACUUAGAUUUUACGAUGAGAUACCAAUUUGGGCUGCGAACUAAUAAAUUGAUCCUAAAUUGGGGUUUCUGAUUUGGGUUUACCUACUUGAUCCAAGCUAGAUGAAGCUUGAAAUUUUGGAUUGCAGAUAGAAGGGUAGAUAUGCUUAAAUAGAGACUGAUUUUAGGUAAACUAUGUCUUAGUUCUUUUUGUUAUUAACCUGGAUAUCCAACCGGCAUGCGAGACAACUAAUCCCAGAUGACCACAUGCUUUGCAGAUAUCCCGAGUCUAACCUCCAUGGCCACAAGGGCAUUUUUAUUCUUCCUUGGAUUUGAUCCUGGGACCUUCCGGUACUUUUGACCUUUGGAGCCAAGCUCAACACCACCCUUUUGGUUAGUUGUUUGUGUUAUACAUGAGUGAAAUGUAGCCUACACUAGAUUGUUUGGGAUUCUAUUGCAGAUGAUGUCUUUAUAUGGGCACGUCUUAAUUAAACACAAUACGUUGAGCUGAGUAGGCAUUUCCUUGAUUUCUGAGUGUGGGCUAUCUCUGUUAGUGAUGGAUGCUUAAAUUCAGAAUUUUUGCUAUCUUUUCCUAAUUGUGAUAUUUGAUAUUUAUGUCUAGAUGUUGUCCAGUUACCAAUUCCUUCCCAAAAAUCUUUAUUUGAUUGGUUUAACUUAGCUCUUGCACUCGAGCCGGCCUUGCUAUAUCUUUCAUAAUUGAUCAUUUACCGUCAGUAACGAAGAUUUUUUUAUAGGAUAUCACUAUUAGAUGCCGUAAGUAAGUGUUUCUAACGUACACAUUCAUAUAAUUUGAGUCGUUUUGUAGUCGAAAAUAAAUCAACUGUCUAUUACCAAGGAAAGUUUUACAGUUUGUAAUUUGAAUUUCUUAGAACCAGAUUUGGACACAAAAUCAUUCUUUUGUCCAAACUGGUUGUGUACACCAACAAUGUAACACGUCCGGAGGUUGAAAAGAGAAGUUUGGAUAUUUGACUUGUUUCAGAUUUUCCGACGGUAGUUUAGUGAAUAACUUAAGUGGUUAGUUAGUUGUUCAUUGUAGUUAUAUUAUGUUAAAUUAGUUCACUACCUGUAUAUUACGUUUUCUAUAGUAUGGCAUUGAAGCGUUGAAGAACGUCUUCCACCUGAAUUUUUUCUUGACCUGAUCCUCGACGAUCAUCUAUAAUCACCAUGCCUAACUCUGAAUCUCCUUCAUCAUCUACAAUCAAGGGUCAUAAUGGUCUCUAUUCCCUUCACCAUUAUGAUAAUCCACACAUGAUUCUUGUGUUGCAACCUCUAAUUGGAGAAAACUACACAACUUGGAGUCGUGCUAUGUUGAUUGCACUUUCUGAUAAAGAGUAAGCUAGGGUUCAUCAAUGGUUCUCUCACCAAAGCAUUCGACUCUGAUGCGGUUGCACUUAUUUCAUGGAUUUGUGAGAAUAACAUGGUAUUUUUUGGAUACUGAACUCUGUGAUGCGGUUGCACUUAUUUAUGUUGAUGCUGCUCAAGAGAUCUAGCCAAGAUCUCAAGCAUCGGUUUCGACAGAGAAUGCCCCUCAAGUUCUCCAGAUUCGUCGAGAUUUAAUGAAUCAGACUCGAUAUCAAGAUUCUCUCAGUUCGUAGUUUAUGAAACUGAAAACUCUUUGCCAGGAAUUGGCUGGCGGAUCUCCGUCCACAAAAUGUACAUGUGGUGGAGUCCGUGACAUCGAUUUCUAUUCUUAGAUGGAACAUGUCAUGAGUUUUCUUACAUACGGCGCUUAAGGUACUUGACAACCUUUGACAAGACAUUGCUUUCUUUGUCAACAAACUUAGUCAAUGCGUCUCUCGACCCAGAGUUCCUUACCUUACUGCUGUACAUCAUCUGCUAAGAUACCUUGAGAAACAGAAGAGCCUUUGGUGAUUCCUAUUGAGGUACUUGUUACUCUUGUAGUUCAGUCACGGGAUUCUGUGUUUUCCUUGGUGUUGUUGGUUUCUUAGAGAACAAAAGAAGCAACCGACGGUUUCUAGAUGAUCCAUGCAAGCUGAUUAUUGAGCAUUGGCAUAUACUGCCUGUGAACUAAUAUGGUUGAAGGCUUGAAGCAAUUGCUCCAUGACUUUGGUGUCAACAUUCUUUCCCUGCUACUUUUUUCUUUGAUAUAAUGAUUCAGCAUUGAUGAUUGCUUCAAAACCCACCUUUCAUGAGCGUGCCAGAGCACAUUGAAAUUGGUUGCCAUUUUAUUCGAAGUUUGUGGAUAACACCAUGAAAUUGAUGCCAAUCCGUACUUAGUUCCAGCUGGCUAACAUGGUUACUAAACCAUUCCUCAUUCUAUGUUGUUUCCACUUAUGUCCAAGAUGGCUCUAAAGGAUUUCAUUCUUUGAGCUCAUCUUGAGGGAGAGUUUUAGAUGUUCGAAGCAUAGUUCAGUAAAUAGCUUAAGUGGUUAGUUGGUUGUUAAUUAUGGUUGCAUUCUGUUAAAUUAGUUCACUACUUGUGUUGUAGAUGUAUGUUUACAUAUAUAUGUAGAGAGAGAAAGCGAGUAAAGAUCUUAUUCGCACGCACUUUUUGCAAGCCUGGGGUUUUCAUAGAAACAAUGGCUUUACUUUCUGCCCAUACCCCCCCCCCCUUUCUGGUAGCAUAUACUGGGCUAGUUUCCUUCUGGUAGCAUAUACUGGGCUAGUUUUGUUUGAUUUGGUUUAUAUAUAGAGUGCUGUGUACAGAAAUAGAGCAUGAGGAGAUAAAAUAUUUUGUUUUCCAUAUCACAUGUCUUGUUUGUAAUAACUUGAGAUGAUAUAAUUAGUUAUUUGAAUCUGAUACGCCAAUGGGACUGAAACGGGACGAAGGGUGAAAUAAUUGUGGAAGGUUUUAGGGUUUUAGUUUGACAUGGGUAGUGUAGGAAAUUACCAAUUUUAUCCCAUCUCCCUGAUUUUUGUUUCACCUAUUUUUGGUUUUUGUCCCACUCGGUCCCGUCCUUUCCCGGUCUAAUUUUGCGUCAAACAUGGGACACCAUGUUUUUGUCAUAUCCUAUCCUGCAUACCAAACGCACCCUUGAUAACCAACAUAUGUAUGGAGGAAAGCAAAUUUCGCAUCAUAAAAGUUUCUACUUCUAGAUAUGUAUUCAGACAUUGUGUCUAAUAAUGUAGACUUGAGUUUGCUGACUGUUUUCCAUGCUUCUUGACUGAAAAUAACCAGGUACUAGGAGUCGAAAAGGAUGCAAGUCAGAGGCAGAUUCAGAAAGCUUUCCACAAGUAUGUAAUUUUUUUUAAUUUUGGAUACCACAGUCCCUGUUGUUGUUUUGCUGCAUAUCAAUAGGCACUUGAUACUAUUUUAUUUUUCAUAUUAUGAUAUAUUCGUUAUGCAUACAAACAUUAUAUUCUAUCACACAUUUCAUUCAAAAAUAUCAAACAUGGCAUGUAUAUAAAGUAAGGUCAGAGGUUUCUUUUACAUUUGGAGAACGAUAUGUUACGAAUACUAUACCGAACUCUUCCAAUUUCUUGCAAUUUAUAUGUUUCUCUCAUUGUGCUUAUUGCAGACUCUCUCUUCAAUAUCAUCCUGAUAAGAACAAAAACAAAGGUGCCCAAGAGAAGUUUGCUGAGAUAAAUAACGCAUAUGAUAUUUUGUCCGAUGAAGAAAAGAGAAAGAAUUAUGAUAUGUAUGGGGAUGCACGAGGGAAUCCUGGAUUUGAUGGCGGGGAUGCACAAGGCGGACAUUCAUACUUCAGAAGUGGUGGACCAGGACAUAGUAGGUUUGCAUUCAGGCCUGAUGAAUGGCAAACAAUGGGUGGUGAAGGUGGUAGUUCAAAAUCAUAUUCAUUUUCCUUUGGUGGAGGUUCUGGGAGUUCUCCUAAGAGCUUAACCUCCAUCAAUUCUCAGCUGUAUAAGAAAGAGAUAAUUGAUAAAGGGGUCACUUGGCUUUUAUUAUCUUAUAAACCAACAAUGAGUGGGAUACAGCAUUAUGAAUCCAUCACAGAGGAAGUUGCUAGCUCACUCAAAGGAGCAUUAGAGGUUGGAAGUGUGAAUUGUGAAGUAGAUUCAGCUUUGUGCAAGGAGCUUGGUAUUCUCCCCCGGAGUAAACCAAGACUCUAUGUUUAUUCAUACAAAGCAAGCGAAACUGGUUCAUUGCUAGAGUACACUGGUGGUGGAACUGUUAAAGAUUUGAAGUUGUUUGUUCAAGAUCAUCUACCGAAGUUCUCAAAACGUGUCACAUUGGCCCAGUUUGAGGCCACCUUUGGGACUGUGGAAACUUUGCCUAAAGCGAUGCUUCUUUCUACUAAAAAAGACACCCCGGUUAUAUGGCGUGCACUUAGUGGCUUGUACCGAAAGCGCUUUAUCUUCUAUGAUACACAGGUCCAAGAUGUUUCUGAUCCGAUAGCAAAAAAGCUAGGUGUUGAUGCACUUCCAGCAGUUGUUGGCUGGCUAUCAAAUGGAGAGAAGCAGAUUCUUAAAUCUGGGAUCCCUGUAAAAGAUACGAAAUCGACAAUUAGGGAUCUUAGUUCCUUACUUGAUGGUUUUGAGAAAAAGAACAAGAAGAUAGCAUCAACUCAGAGUAAUUCAGAUAAAGAAGCAGUGCCUCUCUUGACAGCAGCAAAUUUUGACGCCAUCUGUGGUGAAAAAACACCCGUUUGCAUAAUUGGCGUCUUCAGAUCCUCCAAAGGAAGGGAAAAACUUCGUACUAUACUCUCAUCGGUUUCCCAGAAAUCGUUAGUAAGGAGGCAGAAUGUAGCUUCGGGUCCAAGGGAUUCGGUUUCUUAUGGUCUUUUGGACGGUUCAACCCAGUCUUGGUUUUUAUACGCAUUUGACAAAUCAGGGUUCAAAACAGCAGAUCGGCUCUUGAUAGCCUACAAACCACGCAAAUCAAAGUUUGCAGCGUUUGCGGGGGAUAUAACUUCAGAGGAAGUUGAAAGAUUUAUCGGUUCGGUUCUUAAUGGUGAUGUAGAGUUUAGUAAGACGAGACAAAAGCCCACGCCCAAGUGAACAUUUGCCUUUUGUUUUGGAUGUGGAAGACUUAUUUUGUAUAGAAGUUACAGGAAUGAAUAGUGAUUUUUGUAUAUAAAGGAAGUUGGGUUCAUCAUCCCUGGCCAAGAUUCAAGAAGUGGUUGAUCCCGGGCGAAAACAGAAGAGUAUCAUCGUCGUUGUGGUUUAUAAUUUAUUAUUGUUAUUUUGUCAAUUAAAUAUGAGGGAUAAAGAUGUUAUAAAUUGUAAGAUAUAGGAAUGAAAAAGCAACUACGAGGACGAAAAUGGUACUUUUAAAAGCAUAAAAAGAUG